AGAAAAAUAAAUAGUGUUAUGACAAUGAUACGUGCUGAUUGGGCAAGAUGCUUGAAAAUUUGAUUACUAAAAAAUCAUGCAUAGUCAGGCAAAAUCUAAAACGUCGAGUGGCAGAAAGUAAUAACAAUGUUAAAAAUAGAGCAGCAUGAGAUCUAUAAGGUGCAAAAUGAAAGAAUCGUAGAGAACGUUUUUGUAAAAUCAAAAUAUCUUCAUUGUUCGUGCAGCUUGCUUGAUAGUAACAUCAUAAUAUGAUAGACACAGUAAUGUAUGGUGGAUCGGUAUAUGUUUAGCAGAAUACUGGUUGGAAAAAAGCCUUAAUUUUACAUUGAUAACAAAGUUUUUAAAACAGUCAACAUAUCGGUGUGCUAGAUGUAGGAAAUGGCUAACAACUUCCAUAGGAUCUUGGGAAUUGCCGUCUUGCUGCUUAUAAAAGCUUUUCUAAACAGUACAUCAGGAUGCCCUCAAAAAUGCAGCUGCUACACACGAUCAUGGCUGAUCACUAAUUGUCGAGGGAAAUACUUGACGUCAUUUCCGGAUCAAGUCGAUAACACAACAGUUGAGCUAAUUCUUACAUACAACAGAUUGAAAGCUCUACCUCCAUAUCCACUACAGCUAGAAAAUCUGACGAUUCUUGAUCUUCAUGAUAACCGGAUCAACAACUUGAGCAAUUGCGCUUCUCUCAAGGGUCUACGCCGACUGACGAUUCUGUACUUGUCCAAUAAUUUUCUGGAUUCGAUCCCUGGUGGAUGCUUCUUGGACCUGAAAUCACUGAAGCACUUGUAUCUGUAUAACAAUCAGCUGCGAAUGUUAACACCCGGCAUGCUGCGGGGCCCUGAAGGACUGCAAUCACUCUUUGUGGGGGAUAACCAAAUAAAGAAAGUAGCAGAUGAUGUUUUCCAAAAUGUCUCCAACGGAUUCAAACUAGACAUCGGCAGAAACAAGAUGAAUGGCGUGCCAGAUGCGGUCAAACGAGUAAUGGACAGACUUUCAUAUUUGGACUUGUCUAGCUGCUCGAUAUCAAGCUUCGAGGGACUGGUGAGGCAGCCAAACACAGGGAUGAUUUCACUGUAAGAACACGACUUUAUUUUGUUAAAUAUUCGAAUACUGUUCUAAUCCCAUGGUCAAAUCCUUUUGCGCGCUCUGAUUGACUACAAUGAAAACACAGACUCCUACGCGAUUAACAUUUACGUUGUCAAAAUCAAAGUUUGUUACACCAGAAGGUUGUUACAUCAAUAUGUCAAUUCGACAUGAUUUUACCUAUGUCCAUGUAUUAGUGUGUUCACGUUUUUGAAGAGUUACACUUAGACAAAUCUAAAAUCUAAAACAAAAGAGAAAAAUUAAAAAAGCAUCCUACAUUAAGACAAGAGCCAAAAAGAAACAAAAACAGGUCAAAAGUGACUAAAACAGGACAAAAGGAACAAAGACAGGCCAAACGGGACAAAAAGGUCAACACGGACAUAAAACCUAAACGGUUACACCAAUAGGUCAAUUCGAUCUUCUUUCAUGAUUGUGAUCAUGUCCAUGUAUGGGUGUGUCAAGUUCUCGUUUACGGAGACUCACACCUAGACAAAUACAAAAUCUAAAACAAAAGAGAAAAAUGAUUAAAAAAGAGUUUCGAAACGAGGUUCACUCUUAUCGAGGCACCUCGUCGAAAGCAUGGUGAGGCGUAUUUAAAAAGAUUGCACCUACCCGAAUUGCGGAGCGAAACAGCUAGUUCGACUAGCAAAUCAUCUGGAAGAUUUGCAUCUCUUAGAUAUUACACAGCGAAAAAAGUACUUACGAGAAGCCAGACUUCAACCUAAACUGAGAUUUGUUGAACCUCAAGCAAAAACUACAAAAUAUAUGACCUCCAAUAAAGACCGAGCACAAGUCCAUAACUCCCGCCUAAUAUUUUCCAAAUGCCUGGAAUCGAGUUCUUUGACAUCGCCAACUGGGUUUGCAACGACAACAACAUAACAUAUUUUAAACACCAAUAAAAAAACACUAUAUUCGGAGAAUUUGUAAAAUUGGGGCAUAGCUCGGAAGAAUUGUUGAAUAGUGGAUUAAGACAAACACAAAGAAAAAAAUAAUAAUUCGUUUUACAAUCAGACAACUAUGAACUUGAAUGUAUUACAACAAAUUAUAAGAGUACAGGAAGGUACUCAUUUUAUUCUGGACGCCAUAGCGUAAAGGCAACGCUAGCAGUAUGGGAUCUAUUAGACAUUACUCGGAUGAAGAUUCAAACGUAUCGACAGAAAAAUUUGAAGAUUAUUCGGAUAGCGAAUCUACCCAAUCCGAUCAUACUACGAAUGAAGACUUCUUCAGACGAAAAUAUAGAGGAUACUAUCCCAAAUGUCUGGGAUUGUCUCCACGCUGAUUCAAUGGAUCGCUUGCAUGGUCAUUGUAAAGUACUUUUUGCAAAGUAUGAGCAGCGAGGAAACGCUUAAGAAGUGGCUGAAGCCCAAGCAACAAAUUACCUUGUUCCCCACUAUUGAAAAGGGAUAAGAAAAGUCAUUUUUGAACUCCAAAGUGGAUACGUACUUUACGAAAGGAUCCAACUUUCAAGAAAACAAUGGAUACGCGAAAAAAACUUAAUGGACAACGAUUGGUUUGACUGGAGUGAAGCGACGGAAUCGGCGAUUAAUAAGAGAAAAUUCCUGCUGUCAAAGUUUUCAGGGAGCAGCCGAUUCCUCAGCAAGCAGAUGCCCCAACUUGGAAUAAACCAUGAAGCACCCGUGCGAAAUGAAAAUUCACUUUUUGCGAUAAUAGUCGAGUUUCUGUGAUAUCCUGGAAUAUCUCAGAAAAUCGCAAUAAAUCCAAAUGAA